GCGGGCGCCUCCGCACCUGGAGGCGGAGCCAAGCCCUGUGGCCCGCCCGCUCCCGGGCGCGAAGCCCCCUCCCCGCGCCCCUCCCGCCGCGCUGCAGACGCGCGCAGGUGCGUGAGGCCGCGCCUGCCCAGGACCUUGCAGACGUGGGCCCACCAUGGAGCACAUCCGCACGCCCAAGGUUGAAAAUGUCCGCUUGGUAGAUCGAAUAUCUUCUAAAAAAGCAGCCCUGGGAACUUUGUAUUUGACGGCUACUCACGUCAUAUUUGUGGAAAAUGCACCUGAUACAAGAAAAGAAACAUGGAUUCUUCACAGUCAGAUUUCCACCAUUGAAAAACAGGCCACAACCGCUACUGGAUGCUCUCUGCUUAUUCGCUGCAAGAACUUCCAGGUGUUACAACUCCUCAUCCCGCAGGAGCGAGACUGCCACGAUGUGUACAUCUCUCUGAUACGCCUUGCAAGGCCAGUGAAAUAUGAGGAGUUAUACUGCUUUUCAUUCAACCCCAAGCUGGACAAAGAAGAAAGAGAACAGGGCUGGAUGCUGAUCGAUCUCGGUGAAGAGUACAAGCGAAUGGGCCUCCCUAGUAAUGAUUGGCAGCUCAGCGAUGUGAACAGAGACUACAGAGUUUGUGAUUCUUACCCUACUGAACUGUAUGUUCCCAAAUCGGCCACGGCACACAUCAUUGUGGGGAGUUCCAAAUUCCGGAGCAGACGGCGAUUUCCUGCCCUUUCUUACUACUAUAAAGAUAACCACGCCUCCAUCUGCCGGAGCAGCCAGCCCCUGUCCGGCUUCAGUGCCCGCUGCCUCGAGGACGAGCAGAUGCUCCAGGCCAUCAGGAAAGCCAAUCCGGGGAGCGACUUCAUUUAUGUCGUGGACACGCGGCCCAAACUCAAUGCGAUGGCAAAUCGUGCUGCAGGGAAAGGCUAUGAGAACGAAGACAACUACUCCAAUAUCAAGUUUCAGUUUAUCGGGAUAGAGAACAUCCAUGUCAUGAGGAGCAGUCUGCAGAAAAUGCUGGAAGUGUGUGAACUGAAAUCUCCGUCCAUGAGUGACUUUCUGUGGGGACUGGAGAACUCGGGCUGGUUAAGGCACAUUAAGGCCAUCAUGGAUGCAGGGAUCUUCAUCGCAAAGGCAGUUUCAGAGGAAGGGGCCAGCGUGCUUGUUCACUGUUCUGAUGGCUGGGACAGGACUGCCCAAGUGUGCUCAGUGGCCAGCCUCCUGCUGGAUCCGCAUUACCGGACUCUGAAGGGCUUUAUGGUAUUAAUUGAAAAGGACUGGAUUUCCUUUGGUCAUAAGUUUAAUCACAGAUACGGCAACCUAGAUGGUGACCCAAAAGAAAUCUCUCCAGUUAUUGAUCAGUUCAUUGAGUGUGUCUGGCAGUUAAUGGAACAAUUUCCCUGUGCCUUUGAGUUCAAUGAAAGAUUUUUGAUUCACAUUCAACAUCACAUUUAUUCCUGCCAGUUUGGAAACUUCUUAUGUAAUAGUCAAAAGGAGCGACAAGAACUCAAAAUUCAAGAAAGAACCUACUCUCUGUGGGCUCACCUGUGGAAGAAUCGCGCCGACUACAUGAAUCCUCUAUUUAGAGCUGAUCAGAGUCAGACCCGCGGAACCCUUCGUCUCCCCACAACACCAUGCAACUUCAUGUACAAGUUCUGGAAUGGGAUGUACAACCGCUUUGAAAAGGGACUGCAGCCCCGACAGUCCGUUACAGAUUACCUUAUGGCAGUGAAGGAGGAGACCCAGCAGCUGGAGGAAGAACUAGAGACCCUAGAAGAAAGGCUGGAAAAAAUUCAGAAAGUCCAGUUAAAUCACACUAAAGUGAAGAGUAAACAGACUGAACCCAGCAAACACUCAGGGUUUUCUACCUCAGACAACAGCACAGCCAACACUCCCCAGGAUUACAGUGGAAAUAUGAAAUCCUUUCCAUCCAGGAGUCCUUCACAAGGUGAUGAAGAUUCUGCUCUCAUUCUAACCCAAGACAAUUUGAAAAGCUCAGAUCCAGAUCUGUCAGCCAACAGUGAUCAGGAGUCUGGGGUAGAGGAUCUGAGCUGCCGGUCUCCAAGUGGUGGGGAGUGUGCACCAAGUGAAGACAGUGGAAAGGACCGUGACUCUGACGAAGCUGUGUUUCUCACUGCCUGA